AUGGCUCAACGUUCAGGUCAGCGAGAGCGUGAAGAGCGUGAGAAGGAACGAAAGCGACGAGAAGAAGAGCCAAUGCGACAGCGUGAACGCGAGGAGCGCGAAAAGGAAAGGCUGAAGCAAAGGGAAGAGAAGGAAGGCUUGAUGCAGACCAGUUCUUUGGCAGAGAUGAAUUUGCUGAAGCUGCCAGAUCAAGAGAGACGAGAGCGACAGGCAGAGAAGGAGCUGGAGCUCAUCAAGAGACACUACCUGGGCAUGAAGGAGAACAAGAAGAAGAUGCAGAAGCCUUCCGAGAAGUUCAGAAAUAUCUUCAACUUCGAGUGGAAUGCAGAUGACGACACCAUGCGAGGUGACAACAAUCCGCUGUACACCAAACGUCUGGAGCCACAGCUCCUUUUCGGCCGGGGAUACAGAGCCGGCAUUGACGUACGCGAACAGCGCAAGAACAACAGUUUCUAUGAAGAGCUGAUCGCGAAGCGUGCAGAGUAUUCCGGCGAGGACGUGUCAGCUUUCGUCCAGCCCUCCAAGGAGCCGUUGUCCUUCAAACAACGAGAUAUCGAGGAUAAGGAUAUCAACAAGACCCACUGGACUGAGAAGCCUGUGGCAGACAUGACCACCCGCGACUGGCGAAUCUUUCGGGAGGAUUUCCAGAUCUUCAUCCGUGGCGGUCGCGUGCCAGUGCCCAUGCGCGUGUGGUCAGAGGGUCCAUUGCCAUGGGAGCUGUUGGAAGCCAUCCACAAGGUUGGUUAUGCGAGGCCUACCCCUAUCCAGAUGCAGGCCAUCCCCAUCGCUUGCCAAUGUCGCGAUCUCAUUGCGGUCGCCGAGACUGGCAGCGGCAAGACUGCAGCAUAUGUGCUGCCAAUGUUAUCCUAUGUGAAGAAGCUGCCCAAGCUGGAUGACACUUCGGCACAGGAUGGACCCUAUGGAAUCAUCCUGGCGCCAAGUCGAGAACUGGUGAUUCAGAUUGAAGAGGAGGCGCGAAAGUUCGCCGCCUUCUGCGACUGCCGCAUGGUCAGUGUGGUGGGCGGUCGAGAUGCCGAACAGCAGGCCUUUACGCUGCGACAGGGUGUAGAAAUUUGUAUGGCUACGCCCGGUCGUCUGUGUGAUUCCUUGGACAAGAGGCACACGGUCCUCAAUCAGUGCACCUAUGUGGUCAUCGAUGAGGCAGACAAGAUGGUGGACCUUGGUUUCGAGGACUACGUGAGACGGGUCUUGUUGGCCAUUCCAGCCAGCAACAUGAAGGCAGACAACGAGGCUGACGCUGAGAAGCAGGAAAAGGCACAAGAUGCCGCCGUCUUCGUUGGAAAACCAAUCGAGGAGUUUAAGGCAGAGAUUCAGGAGCCAAUCCAAGUGAAUGAGCAGAAUGAGCAGAAGCAGGUCCAGGAGCCUGAACUCCCGGGAGUUGUGGAGGUCGUGGAGGUCGAUGAUCGCCUCCCCGUAUUGGACCUGCCAGAUGGCGAUGCGUGUGGCCUACAGAUCUUUGAACUUCUGGGAAGAGGUGUCAGCGGCUGCCGCGUCCAUCGCUGUCACGAGGGCGAUCGGAUCAUGGCUGGCAAGAUCUUGCCGCUGGGGCCAGCCACCUUCCCCGAUAUGGUGGAGGAUUGGGAGAAUGAAGUGGCUGUUUUCAAAGCCGCCGGAGAGCAUCCGGCGUUGGUAUCGUUUUUUGGUGCUUGGAGCACUAAACGCUUCAUCUUGGACAAGCAGCAGCUCAAGGCCUAUGUCUUAGGCAUCGAGUUGUGUGACACGAAUCUGGAAGAUGUACUGCAAAAGCGCAAGGAAAUGCAGAAGCCCCUGGAGCAAUCCGAGAUGCUGUGUAUUCUGAAGCAGGUCUCCAAGGCUUUGGCGCAUCUUCACCAACGCCGAGUCAUGCACCGAGACCUCAAAGCAGGCAACGUUUUCUUGUGCAAAUCCGGCGACAAGGUCGAUUUGGUGCUCACUGAAGCGGUCGCAAAGUUGGGAGACUUCGGUGUGGCCAAGGUGUGCAGUCGAGCGCAAACCCCCGUGCAGACGCCGCACUUCAUGGCACCGGAAGUGGCAAAGCAGAGCGAGUAUGGUCCUGCUGCCGACAUUUGGGCCUUCGGAUGCUUGAUGCUGCAAAUGAUGCAGCUUAGCCUACCUCAUGGCGAGGACCUGACUUUGCCACAGCUUGAAGAGGCCCUACUGGCCGGCACUCCACAUUUCGCGGGGCGGGAGGAAGCUUUGGAGCGCAGCCCUAAAGUGGUGGCAGUGAUGGACCGAUGCCUUCAAAAGGAUCCAGCAGCUCGACCCACAGCAGAGCAAGUGUCCCAAGAGCUGGAAGAGGAGGAUUCCAAAUCUGCCAAGAAGAAAUACCGAAUUACGCAGAUGUACAGCGCCACGAUGCCUCCGGCCAUCGAACGAAUGGCACGCAGCUUCCUUCGGUGUCCUGCUAUCAUCAACGUGGGUGAUCCAGGGCAGGCCAAGAAGGACAUUGAGCAGAACUUGGAGUUCAUUGGUGAGGCCAAGAAAAAGAAGCGCUUGGAAGAGAUGUUGGUGGGUGCGGAGCCGCCCAUUAUUGUCUUUGUGAACCAAAAGAAGGCCGUGGAUGUGCUGUCCAAGUCCUUAGACAACAACGGCUAUCGCGUUUGCUCCAUCCACGGUGGAAAGAGCCAGGAGCAGCGCGAAUGGGCAAUGAACUCCUUCAAGGAGGGCAGGUACGACAUUCUGGUGGCGACCGACGUGGCCGGUCGUGGUUUGGAUAUCGAGGGCGUGCAGCGUGUCAUCAACUUCGAUAUGCCAAAGACCAUCGAGGACUACACGCACCGCAUUGGACGAACUGGCCGAGCGGGUCUGAAGGGUUCUUGUCUCAGCUUGGAGUCACAAUCACUAUACCAAAACUGCGUGAAAGUGACCAGGAGAUUGCCAUUUUGA